UCUAACUUGCGUUUCAGUUUAUACAAUUAUUUGCCCUAUUUUUAUGUAAUGUUCUUGCUAUUUGUGUUUACACUGAUAUAAUAUAUACGUUAAAUUAAUUUCUUGAACUUUGUGUUUAGCAAACACUGCAGUAUAACGGUUUUUCUUUUUUACUAUUAUUACUCUCUUUUAUUAUCUUCAAUUUUAACCUAGGUUCCUAUUUAUAUGAAUAUUUAUGUAAUGUUCUUUCUAUUUGUGUUAAUACUGAUACUAUGUAUAUGUUAAAAUUAGUAUUUUAAACUUUGUGUCUGGCAAAUUAUUACUGUGUAAGUCCGAAUUUAUGUGGCACCUUUCGGAUUUUGAGAGUCAAACGAGUUUUUCUUUGAGCGUAAUUAUUUUGGUAUGCCUUUUGAAUAUUUUGAAUUUUUAAUUAUUGUGACUUAUAUUAGUUAUUACGUAGUUUCAAAUAUGUGAAAUUUAUUUUAAAAAACCUAAAUAUUAUGUGCCAGAAUUCACGGUCAAAAUUAAGAAAUUUGACUCUCGAAAUCUAAAUUGUGCCACAUAAAUUGGGACGAGGGGAGUAUAAAAUUGAAACGGCGUGUGUGUAUUCUGUUGGAUGUAUUUCUGUCUGGAUUAGGUUGCAUUGAUUUCCUGGAUUUCAAUGUGAGGAUUUUGUGUGUUAUGUUAAAGUUUUCUAGUAAUUGAGUCGACGAUGAUAUUGUGGUUGCUGAAGUCGUGAAUUCAGUUAAUCGUCUUUGUUUGGUUUGCUCUAUUGGCACAUUUUCUUUGUUUAAGUUAUUAUUGUGUUUAAUUGUAUUUUGAAACCAGUCACAUGAACGCACUUGACUAUCACUUUUUCGCGAGUUUCAUACCCCAGCUAUGAGUUGUUCCUUUUUCCUACCUGAACUAUCACCAUCUAUGUAUUAAAACACACCUCGAUAACUCCUACCUAAACUAUUACCAUCUACUCAACUAGUUCAUGUAGGAAAAGGGAUCAGCUGAUAGUUGAGUUGUGAAACUCGCGAAAAAGUGAUAGUUCAGGGAAUGGAAUGUGAAUAUCGACAUAGUGAGAUAGCGAGGCUCAACCCCAGGGAUUGUUGGUACUGGCUGGCGGGAAGCUGUCUUAACCCAACAUGUGCUUUUCGGCAUCCGCCAUUAGAGAGCCGUGCUGAGACAUCAACUGAACCUGGUCCUCCACCCAAUAAAUCUGCAGUGCCUGUUAAAAAGACAAAUUUUCCCUGUUACUUCUAUUUCAAUGGCUAUUGCAAUAAAGGUGAAAGAUGCUCAUAUCUGCAUGGACCUGAUGAUGGUACAACUGCAUGGAAAUCCUCAAAAAUAGCUUCUGGAGUCCCUGAUGGACCAACAGCCGAGAAGAAGAUAUCUGCAGGAAGUGAAACUGGUCCUUCAGCAGUCGAAAAACAUCCCGAUUCUUCUGAAACUGGGCCCAAGGCAGCAGCAUGUGAAUAUGUCAAAUCAAAAGUAGAUCUCCAUUUGACGACUAAUAAUGUUGGUGAGCAGAUUGCUUCUCAUGAGACUUCAGAAUCCCUUUCUGAAGAAGCUACUGCAGUCAGGUUAGAUUCUUUAGUCCCUGCUGAAUGCUUUAGCCAAGGAGAAUCCGAUUUGUCCCCCAACCAGAGCUCAGACGAAGAAGUGGAGGACAACGUGGAGAGAGAAGAGUUGUUAGAAUCAUCUCCUGGUUUUGAUGUUCUUGUUGAUGAUAGAGUAGAAGGUUUGGGUCACGAAGAUGAUCACCAGUAUAUGCCGCACCAUGAUAUGGAAGACAGGGAGCUUGAUGAACGGUUUGCUGGAUAUGAUUUUGAGAACAGCCUCGAGUAUGAUCCUUCAUAUCCAGAUAUGAGAAUUGCAUCUGAUCAAGAACAAGACGGUUCUUAUUAUAACGUUGAGAAUCAUGAAAUAAAUGAACAUGUCAGAGAAAUCCCUAUCCCUGCUCAUGGAAGACAGAAUGUACCACAUAAAAGAAGGUUGUCUAGAGAACUGCCUUUUCGUAGCAGAGGCAAUGUUGACCUCCGGGACCUUCUGAAGAGGCGUCGAGGCAAUGAAAGUGAUCCUCCAAAUCACUUGUCCAGAAGGUUUGACCUGUCUAGAUCGAAUGCCCAUGAGCAAAGCAGGGAUAGGUAUCGUCGUCCACAGGGUUCCCGGUGGAUGCCUCAAAGACUGGCUUCAAAAGUGGAAAGCAACGUUUCUUUCUCCUCCGGCUUUGUGGAGAGUGCUGAACAUCUGAAAAAGUUAAGACAAUCUCAAGGAAGCAGUUACAGACAGCAACAUUUCAAGGACAGGAGACGGGGCCGGUCGCGGCCUUUUGCAAAUGAACCCCCUAGGAGGAUGACUUAUAGGGAGAGAUUGACUGAAGCUCCUAAGAUCUUUAAUGCUCCCAAGACUCUAGCUCAAAUUAGAGAAGAAAAAAGGAGAGGAAGAGAAGAUGGUGAUUCUUUCGAGAGAACAGCGCCAUCUGGAGUAAGUGAAAGAGAAGAUUUUUCUGGUCCAAAACCUCUAAGUGAAAUUCUCAAAGACAAAAGGAGGCUAGGUUCAGUAGUGACCUUGAGCAAUUAGUAGAAUUUAAAGGUUUUGAUGAAACAUGUCUGAAAAAAUGUCUAUAGGAUUAUGAUGAAAACUUAGAUUUGGAAAAGCUUUAUUGCAGCUUGGUGCAAAGUUUUGUUAAAGGGAAGUGAACAUUGUAAAAUUUUCUGGAUUAGCAUGUGAAACUUCACAAAAUUUUGAAACAGCUAAGUCAUCGAUAAGUGGUACUAGAAGAAAUUGUGCAAUUGAAUAUUACAGGUAAAUUGAAAAAUAGCCUUUUUUCUAUGGAAAUGCACAGU